AUGGGAGACAACAAUCACCAGAGUACUCCGUCGGCGGUAGCUAGGACGUCAAGUGUCCUGACAGGCAUCACUCUCGUCGCCUCUCGCCUGGAACAAGUACCCGAGACACCCUCUGCAAAGCCUUCAACUGAACAGAACUCAGGGGGCUCUCUAUUGGGCAACCGGCGAGUAAGUAGUGUGUCUGAAGCACCACAGUCAGCUCGCCCGGCGGCGUUGAGGCAGCUUUUGGGCGAUGCGGAAAACUUCCAAAACCGGUCAAGUCUUGAUGUCUUUCAAGUGUCGAAGCAGAAGACAGGAUGGCACAACGGCGUCGGCGAUGAGAUGAUCAAAGCUAUUAUCUCGGAAACUGAAAAGGACUGCAAUCCUUCGCACCCUUCACUUCUCCUUUUGUGGGAUACUCCGCUUAGUCCCCCUUUUAACGGCUCAGCUAUGGUCACUGACUGUCUACAAAGUCUGGUAUACCUCGAAAAGAACGCUGGUGCGACUUGGGGACGUCGCGCAACCAUUUCGGUCGAAGCCAUGAAGUACAUCAGUAGGAAAUGGCCAAUCAAUGGAGAAAUUCUCCGUGAUAUUUUCGGCCGACCUGAUUAUUGGUCUGCUGUAAAGACCUCUCGAGAAAAUCGACAUUAUGGUACGUUGAUAAUUUUCGUCGAGAAAGCUGUGGUGACCAACUGUAGGUCUUGUCGAAAAGAGGUUGGAUGUCAGUUCGCUCGAUGGCUCAUGAGCUCGAGGUGGGAUAACAUGGCGGGACCUGUAUCACCGGUUUCCAUAUCCUUCCGGCAUAUCGUGCCAGAGAAUCUCACCGUCUACAUUAUUUCGGGCGAUCCAAAGGAUAGCUGCAUCGGCUCGAUCAAAGACCAGCUUGGCUUCGCCGAGGGACUCAGCCCCUCCGAAUAUAUUCAGCUCGAACAAAGGAGGGCCGCGCAAAGUCCCUUUCUAAUUGUGGCCCAGACUUUGCAGGCAUCGCUCGAGCAGGCUAAAGACUAUGUGGCUAUUGUCAAAGACCGAUUGAUGGGCCAAAUUAACAAAGUCGACGACUACAAUGAAGCAAAGCAUAACUACACAGAAGACCCCAAAGACUUGCAGCGCUUCUGGAGAGACAAGGGUAGAAAUCUCCUAGAAGCCAUCACCGAACAACUUCAUCUAGUCUCUCAAACCAUUGAUUCCGGCAUGGCCAACACGGACAUGUCGAUCAAACUCACUGAUAUCAUAAAAUCUGCCUUUGAUUCCAGCCCGUCAGCGAAGAGUCCUCAAGAGAGUGUUGUUGCGGAGACUGCCGAGCUGCUCGAAUACCUUUCGCACUCGUGGAAUUGCGAAAUGAAUUGGCUCAGGACGUACAAGGCUCGGAAGGACACUACAAUGAACUUUGUCUUCAACGCUGUAACGCAGCAGGACAGUGCCAUCAACAUUGACAUGGCCCGCAAGAUGUCCCGGGACAGUUCGUCAAUGAACGCCAUCACGAUAUUGACCAUGAUCUUCCUCCCCGCUACCUUCGUGUCGGGCGUCUUUAACAGCGGUAUCCUGACGUCGGAAAAGUAUGAGGAAUACGUCCGAUCUCCACUCUUCUGGCCAUAUAUAUGGACCGUCAUCCCGUUCACUGUCUUUGUCCUCAUGCUCUGGCUGACCCGGAAGAGGCUGGAGAGGGUACUAGAAAUGGUUCAUGGACAUUGCAAAGGCGUAUCGCCUCGAAACCCCACUCGAGGCGGGACGAGAUCAUCAUCACGGAGGGAAGGAAUUGCAGGUAACAAGCCUUGA